ACAUGGAGGGCUAAAAAUCGCUUUUAUCGUCGGCUUUUGCCUUUUAUCGAAUUGCGAAUUUCGUUUUGUAUAUUAAUUAAAAUAAACUUUAUUAGCAUAGAAUAUUCAUUAAAAAAAUAUAUAGUAGUGAGUUGGGAACAAUUGAAGUAAGAAAACUUAAACAAUCGAAUAGGUCGCAAAUCUAGUACUACAGAAAAGUAGUUUUGAUUAUUAAUGGCUCAGCAAUUCCCCAGACCUCCUUUAAGACAGUAUGGAGGUCCAAAUUAUCCGGUUCAGCAGAGACCGGGAGGAUAUUCUCCUCAGAAUACAAUCGGACCGGGGCCUAAUAUGAUUCCUCGGGGGCCCCAGCCCUCAUACAAACGUUCCAAUGUCGAUAACAGAGGUCCUCCUUCCGUUCCAUCCAAUAAAAGUGAUUUCGGGCAUUCUGGAAGCAGCGGAAUCAGUAAGAAAAAGAAGAAGUUAGCCGAUAAAAUAGUGCCUCAGAAAGUUCGUGAUUUAGUACCUGAAUCUCAAGCAUAUAUGGAUUUGUUAGCUUUUGAAAGAAAGUUAGAUUCGACCAUCAUGAGGAAAAGAUUAGACAUUCAGGAGGCUUUGAAACGACCAAUGAAACAGAAACGUAAAUUACGCAUUUUUAUCUCCAAUACAUUCUAUCCCGCUAAGGAACCCGGUGAAGAAGGUGGUCAAGAAGAGGGCAGUGUUGCAUCGUGGGAAUUGAGAGUGGAAGGUCGUUUAUUAGAAGACACUAAAAACGAUCCCAAUAAGGUACGUCGAUUGUUCAAGUUUGGUACAUUUUCAGUAAACAUUAUUCGUAUUUCAUUCUGCAAUUUGUUACAGGUAAAACGUAAAUUUUCUUCGUUUUUCAAAUCACUCGUCAUCGAAUUGGAUAAAGAUUUAUAUGGACCUGAUAAUCACCUUGUUGAAUGGCAUAGAACUGCUACCACGCAAGAAACAGAUGGAUUUCAGGUUAAAAGACCCGGUGAUAAAAACGUGAGAUGUACGAUUCUGUUAUUAUUGGAUUAUCAGCCUCUUCAGUUCAAGCUAGAUCCUAGACUAGCCAGGUUGCUAGGAGUACAUACGCAAACAAGACCGGUUAUAAUCAGCGCUUUAUGGCAAUAUAUUAAAACUCAUAAAUUACAAGAUUCACAAGAAAGAGAGUUCAUCAACUGCGAUGAAUUUUUGGAACGAAUAUUCCAGUGCUCUAGAAUGAAAUUCGCCGAAAUACCGCAACGAUUAAACCCUCUGUUACAUCCACCCGAUCCUAUAGUUAUCAACCACGUUAUUAGUGUUGAAGGAGUUGAACAAAAACAAACAGCUUGUUAUGAUAUAGAUGUAGAAGUUGACGAUACGUUGAAAGCUCAAAUGAAUAAUUUCUUACUAUCGACGACUAGUCAGCAAGAAAUUCAAAGCCUCGAUAAUAAAAUACACGAAACGGUUGAGACGAUUAAUCAGUUGAAAACAAAUCGUGAAUUUUUCUUAAGCUUUGCCAAAGAUCCCCAACAAUUCAUUAAUAAAUGGAUUAUUUCUCAAACCAGAGAUUUAAAGACGAUGACCGAUGUCGUUGGAAAUCCAGAAGAAGAAAGGAGAGCCGAAUUUUAUUAUCAGCCUUGGUCCCAAGAAGCAGUCUGUCGGUAUUUCUAUACCAAAGUGCAGCAGAAACGAGCAGAAUUGGAGCAAGCUCUCAACAUUCGAAAUGCCUGAAAAACUUUUUAUAAUUAUGUUUCAAGAUUGGUUUAAUUGUUGGAAUAAUAUUUCAAAAAAUGAUGAACUAUGCUAGAUUGUAAAUAUUCCGUGAGACUUGUUUGAAUCAUCUACUUUCGACAACACUAUGUGAACCAUGUAUCAUAAAUAAUUAUUUUAGAAUUCGAGAUUCAGUUUUGCAUUAUGAUAAUUUGUAAAUUGAGAAAAAGAAAUCAUGCUUUUAAA